AUGUCGCGUAUGCCCUCUAGUUUUGAUGUCACGAAGAGGGAAUUGGAUGAGAUGCCCUUUGGUGAAAGGAUUAUUUAUCAUUGUAAAAAACAGCCAUUGGUGCCCAUUGGAUGCCUAUUGACCACAGGCGCUGUUAUUCUAGCGGCUCAGAACGUUCGUAUUGGUAAUAAAUGGAAGGCUCAGUACUACUUCCGUUGGCGUGUGGGUCUUCAAGCGGCUACAUUAGUCGCGCUGGUCGCAGGUUCGUUCAUUUAUGGAACUUCUGGUAAGGAAUUGAAGGCAAAGGAGGAACAGUUGAAGGAGAAGGCCAAGAUGAGAGAGAAGUUAUGGAUUCAAGAAUUGGAGAGAAGGGAAGAGGAGACAGAAGCCAGGAGGAAAAGGGCUGAGUUGGCAAGAAUGAAGACUUUUGAGAAUGAGGAGGAAAUUAAGAACUUGGAAAAGGAAUUAGGUGACCUGGAAAAGAAGCUUGGAAAGAAAUAA